UGGCUUUGUGGUCACCGAGUGGGUCGGUUCCCAGGUCCCGCAGCCCCCACGCCGCGACUAACAGGAGGUGAAGGAAAUUUUUUUCCUCUGCUUUCCGGACGGUUUGGUCUGGUUGCGCCUGUGCCCAUGGGCCGGUUUAGGGGGAAGAGGGACAACCGGUAAAUCAUCGUUUGAGCGUCAGAGGAUAAAAGAAAACGCAGAAGUUAAUUCUAGAAGGCCCCCCGUCCCUGCCUCUCGUGGGUGACUCGUCGUGGGUGCCUAUGGAGCCAGUUGCUUCUCUGCACUUAUCCCUGCCGGGGUCCCUUCUCGUCGUCCACCUCCUCAGCUUGUUUGCAGCCGUCUCAGUCCAGUUUACUGUCCUGGGGCCAGCUGCUCCAAUCCUGGCCAUGGUGGGAGAAGACACCAAGUUACACUGCCACCUGUCACCUGAGAAAAACGCUGAGGACAUGGAGGUGCGGUGGUUCCGGACGCAGUUUUCCCCUGCAGUGUUCGUGUACAAGGGUGGGCGAGAGAGGACGGAGGAGCAGAUGGAGGAGUACCGGGGAAGAACAACCUUUGUGAGCCAAGCUAUCAGCAAGGGGAGCGUGGGGCUGAUCAUACACAACGUCACAGCCCACGAAAACGGCAUCUACCGCUGUUAUUUCCAAGAAGGCAGAUCCUAUGAUGAGGCCAUCAUGCACCUGAUGGUGGCAGGCCUGGGCUCUAAGCCCAUUAUUGAAAUGAAGGGCCACGAAGAUGGAGGCAUCCGGCUGGAAUGCACAUCUGUAGGGUGGUACCCAAAGCCCCAUGCCGUGUGGAGGGACCCUUAUGGUGCGAUCAUGCCCUCCCUGGUGGAGGCUUACACUCCGAACACAGAUGGCCUCUUCAUGGUCACCAUGGCUGUGAUCAUCAGGGACCAGUCUGUGAGGAACUUGUCCUGCUCUGUCAACAACACACUGCUGAACCAGGAGAAGGAAGCUGUGAUUUUCAUUCCAGAAUCCUUUAUUCCCAGCACAUCUCCCUGGAUGGUGGCCCUGGCCGUCAUCCUGCCUUCUCUGCUCCUCCUCAUUGCUGGGAGCAUCUACCGCAUCAAGAAACUCCAAGUGGAAAAAGAGAUUCUAUCAUCACAAAAAGAGGCUGAAAAUGAAGAGAAAGAAAUUGCACAUAAUGAACUGGGGAAAGAACGUAUGGAAAAAGAGAAAGAACGUCAAAUAAAAGAGCAACUUCAAGAAGAAUUGCGGUGGAGAAGAAGCCUCUUACAUGCGGCUGAUGUGGUCCUGGACCCAGACACUGCUCAUCCUGAGCUCUUCCUGUCAGAGGACCGGCGAAGUGUGAGACGGGGUCCCUCCAGGCAGAGAGUGCCUGACAACCCAGAGAGAUUUGACUGUCAGCCUUGUGUCCUGGGCCUAGAGAGCUACUCCUCAGGGAGACAUUACUGGGAGGUGGAGGUCAAAAACGUGAUGGUUUGGGCUGUGGGGGUUUGUAGAGACCGUGUUGAGAGGAAAAGGGAAACCCCACUGGUUCCUCAGAAAGGCUUCUGGACCCUGGAGAUGUUUGAGCACCAGUACCGCGCCCCGUCCUCCCUGAAGAAGAUUCUCCCCCUGAAAGAGCGCCUUCAGCGGGUGGGCAUCUUCCUGGACUAUGAAGCUGGAGACGUGUCUUUCUAUGACAUGAGGGACAGGUCGCACAUCUACACGUGUCCCCGUUCACCCUUCUCAGGGCCCCUGAGGCCCUUCUUCAGGGUGGGGUCUGAUGACAGCCCCCUCUUUAUCUGUCCAGCAUUUACAGGGGCCCAGGGGGUCACAGUGCCUGAGGGCGGCCUGGUCCUUCACAGGGCAGAGACCCACCACAGCCUCCGAGAGCCUCCCGCUCUCAGAGCCACGUAGAGAAACCCAGGCCACCUCUCCUACCACAACACAGAGCCCCGGGAGGAAACCCUCCUUCCUUCUGCGGAAGAGAAUCUCCUCCAGAGGUUCCCCCGGAAACCUCUUCAAGCCCCAGCCCCACCUCUCCCU